GCAUAUGAAUGUGUCAUUUUCCGUUCAUAUAACCUCUUCUAAAAAUGACACAAUUAUUAAAUAGAUUACGACUUAACAGAUCUCUUUAUUUUUUGUCUAAAGAUAGCAAAAGAUUCGCCGGUCAUAGCAAAUGGAUGAACAUAAAACAUACAAAAGAAGAAAAAGAUAAUGAAAAAAAGACACUGUUUCAUCAUUUUACGUCGCAAAUGACGGUUGCUAUAAGACAGGGUGGCAGUACAAAGCUCAAUGAGAAUGCACAAUUAGCGAGACUUGUUGAAAUAGCUAAAAAAGCAAAUAUGCCUGUGGCAACAAUAAAAAAUUUUCUUGAAAAAAUGGAAUCACGAAAGAAUAAGACUCAAACAGGUAUAAUUGAAGUACGUGGACCAAGUGGUUACUUUAUGCUUAUACGUUAUACAACAGAUAACACAAGGGUGUUUGAAAUGAAUCUUAAUAUCAAAUUGAAAAAGACUAGAGGAAAAACAACAGACACUUCUGUCAGAAAGAUGUUUACUCAUAUAGGUAAUAUCAUAGUUGAAAAGAAAGGUAAUUUAGAACAAGCCACAGAGGAUGCUAUUGUUAUUGGUGCAGAGGAUGUAGAAGAAUUUGAAGAGAAUGAUACAAAAUAUUUUCAGUUUAAAUGUGAUCCAAAACUCAUAAGCAAGAUAAAAAAUCUUUUAGAAGGUCUUCAAUAUUGCGUGCUUUCAGCAGAAGAAGAUUAUAUACCUAAAGUUGCAAUAGAAUUAAAUGAAUCCGAUUUGGAAGCUAUUUCUUGCAUUCGUGAAAAAGUACUAAGCUUAGAUGAUGUUGACUGUUUAUAUGAUAAUGCUGCGUAAUAUAGUCGCAUAAUAUACUGUAAGACUGACAUUCUAAAUCACAUUAAUAAAAUGUAAAUAAGUAAACUCA